AUGGAGCGACCAUCCAUAGCAGUGCUGGUGGCACUUGUCGUUUUUCUUUAUGGGUUUGUUCGGCUUCUCUCCGUUGGAAGGCGUCCAAAAGACUACCCACCAGGUCCGCCGACGAUCCCUGUACUGGGCAACAUUCACCAGAUGCCUACCAGAGAUGCACAUCUCCAAUUUGAGAAAUGGGCCCGCGAGUACGGUGACAUCUACUCUCUCAUGCUGGGAACCCAAACCAUGAUCGUCCUUUCCAGUGACGAAGCUGUCAAAGAGUUGCUAGAUCGAAACAGCGGAAACUUCAGCAACCGUCUGGAGAUGUAUUUCCGCAAAAUGAUCCACCAUCUUCUCAACGCUACCGUUGCGCCUCAAUACGUGCCCUAUCAGAUUCUCGAGAACAAGCAGAUGCUGAACGACCUUCUUGAUACACCCAACGACUUCUUGAAGCAUAUUCGACGAUAUUCGAAUGCCCUGACCACCUCCAUGGUCUUUGGAUGGCGUACGCCCACCUACGAAGACGAUGCCGUCAAGCAAUUAUUCGACGGACUCUCCGAGUUUGCAGAUAUCAACCAGACUGGCGUGGCAGCAUUACUGGAUGCAUUUCCUCUACUGAGGAAACUACCAGAGACUUUGCUGCCCGUGCAGAAGAAGGCGAAAGAGUUGCACAAGGUCGAACGAGAACUCUACCUUCGUCAUUGGCUCAGAGCGAAGAAGGAGAUUAAGGAAGACACCAUCAAGCAUUGUGUCGGGAUGGCAGAAGCUCAGAAGAAAGAAGGGUUCUCCGAUGCUCAGGCGGCGUACAUUUCCGGUACUCUCCUAGAAGCUGGCUCUGACACGACAUCAAGCACUCUUUACGCCUUUGCCGAAUUGCCAUACAUCAGGAUGAUCAUGAAAGAAACACUGAGAUGGGCACCAACCACAGUCCUCGGCGCCGUAUCCCACGUCACCACCGAGGCCGCCACUUACAAAGGCUACUACAUCCCUGCCGGCGCCGGUGUCAUGAACAACGUCUGGGCCAUCCACAAUGAUCCCGCUCGCUCACCAAAUCCUCACCUGUUCGACCCGAACCGCUUCAAAGAUGACAAGCUCUCACUCUACGAUUCUACCUCCAACCCCGACCCAUCUAAACGUGACUGCUUCACCUUCGGCGCUGGCCGACGCAUCUGUCCGGGAAUGCACGUUGCGGAACGAAGUCUGUUCCUCGGGAUGGCGAGGUUGCUGUGGGCCUUCAGUAUCAAGCCUGCAAAGGAUGCGGACGGAAAUGAGAUUGUGCCGCAGGGACAGAAGUUCACACAAGGAUUUGUCUGCAUGCCUGAGGAAUUCCCGGCGGACAUUGUGAGGACGGAAUGGCAAGUGGCUGGAUCACAGUCGUUGGAUCAUGACACGAAGCAGUGGAUUGCUUCGCCGAUUUGA